AUGGUAUUCAUCAGCUCAGAAUCCGCUGAGAAAGAAGCAAUUACUUUCCUGUGCGUAUUUGAUGGUGAAGGUGAUGAUGUCGCCUGGAAGACUAAGAGGUGGCGUGGAGUUUCCCAGGGCCAACCUUUGAAGUUCACCGACGAGUCAGCGAAGCACCAUCUGCCCAGGUGGGCUAUUCCUACGACUAAGCAGCAAUAUCACAACCUUGAAAUGGCCUGGAUGCACUGA